CUCAUCAUCCUCUAAAAAAAAAAAAAUGGUGACUGCCAUUUCAUACGAUCCAAGACAAAAUGUCAAUGUAAGAAAAGACCAUCAACAACAAGAUGGAAUAGUUGUGGUCGAAGAAAUUGAAGGUCUUAUAAAAGUUUACAACAAUGGCCACAUUGAAAGACCACAAAUUGUCCCAAAUGUCCCACCUAAUAAUUCCCUGCCUCAUGAUGUUACAGCCAAAGAUAUCAUUUUUCACAAUCCCACUAAUUUAUGGUCCAGAAUUUACCUCCCUACCAAUUAUACUUCAAAGAAAUUGCCUUUGUUUGUUUAUUUUCAUGGUGGCGGUUUCUCCGUAGGCUCUGCUGCAUGGAAAUGUUACCAUGAUUUCUUAUCAACUCUUGCUUCGAAAAUUGGAUGUGUAAUUAUGUCAGUCAAUUAUCGAUUAGCACCUGAAAAUCGUCUUCCUGCUGCUUACGACGAUGGAUUCCACGCUAUAACGUGGCUAAAAAAUCAAGCCAUAGCUAAUUCCAAGGAACAAACUUGGUGGUCUAGUAAAUGCAAUUUUUCAAAUAUGUUCAUUAGUGGUGACAGUGCUGGUGCAAAUAUUGCUUAUCACGUAGUCGUUAGGCUCAAUUCGUCUAAUAAUAAUCUCAAGCCUUUAUGUCUCAAAGGGCUUAUUUUAAUCCAACCAUUUUUCGGAGGCGAAUACCGGACUCAUUCUGAAAAAUAUUCAGUUCAGCCUCCAUACUCUGCUUUGAAUUUAUCUGCUUCCGAUACUUAUUGGCGAAUCGCGUUGCCAGUGGGCUCGAAUCGGGACCAUCCGUGGUGUAACCCCAAAAGGAAUAGUAAUAAUAUAAAACUGCCGUCUGUGUUGAUCUGUAUAUCGGAGAUGGACAUACUCAAAGAUAGGAAUUUGGAAAUGUGUAGUGUACUGAGAGAUGCUGGAAUUAAAGUGGAAAAACAUGUUUAUAAAGGUGUGGGACAUGCAUUUCAUAUUCUGCAUAAUUCUCCACUCUCUCAACCAACAACUCAAGAUAUGAUGACACAUCUCAAGGCCUUUAUCUAUAAUCAAUAA